GUCAAAAUUUUUCCAAAAAUCGUAUUAAUCUAAAAGAAAUAUGUUAGCUUUAAGUAUAAUUUUAUUGAUUUGUGUGCAUUGUUUUGCCGCGCCACAAAAACAAAAUACGUUGCCCAGGAUUAUUGGAGGCGAACAGGUAGACAUUUCUCAAGUACCGUACCAGGUAGCGAUUUUACUUGAUGGGCAACAAAACUGCGGAGGAACUCUAAUUUCACCUACAAAGGUACUGACUGCGCAACAUUGUUGGAUCGACGGAGCCAGAAUAUCUGACUACAGCGUGCGGGUAGGUUCUACAGAUUGGGAAGAUGGUGGCCAAGAAAUUGAAAUAACCGCUUUCGAUAUACACGACGCACCGAAAGGAGAAAUAUUUACAAGCUAUGAUAUCGCUGUUAUUACUUUGAAAUCAGCAGUAAAUGUUUCCAAUGCUGUGCCAAUCCCGGUGGAUGAUGCCGAUACAGUGCAUGUGACAGGAGAAGUUGCAACAGUAUCAGGAUGGGGGAUAACAUAUGACCCAUUUAGUCCAAUACCACCCAAUGUAACCAGCGAUAAAUAUCCAUUAAGUGCAAUAAAUUCUACCGUCGUAUCCUGUGGGGACGGUCUCGACACUAUACUCUGUCUUAGCCUAAAUGGAACCGGAGCUUGCUAUGGUGAUUCUGGUGGACCAGCAGUUAUUAACGGAAAACUGGCAGGAAUUGUUUCAGGUGGCAUAUGCGCUUCUUAUAUCUCUCCCGGAUUCUUUACCAAAGUUUCGGCAUUUAGAGAAUGGAUAAAGGAGCACGCUGAUGUUUAAUGUUCUCUCGUAAAUUCUGUGAACCAUUAAGUAUUGAGUUUUUGCAAUUCACUUUUUUCUCAACUCCAAUUGCUUUUUAUAUGGUUAGUGUGAAGAAGAAUCUAUUAUCGCGUCUUUUCUGAAAUGUGAACAUUUAUAAAAUUAUUUUGUGAUACCGUAAAUCUAAACUUCAUUCAAAUGUAAUAUACUUUUUUAUAUCUGGUCAAUUUAUUAAAUACUAAGACUAAUUUCCAUUUUUUGUAUUUUUUCGGCUGAAAAAUCAGCAUAUUAGGAAACCCUCGGAAAAUAGAUAUUAGGGUAACUGGUAAUAUUUAGAAAAGGAAUAUACACACACCAAAUAAGUUUUAAAAAUUUAUCGUAACUUUCGAAUCU